CUUUGUUCUCAUCUCUGGAUGCGGCUUACUCUGAUGUUGAGUUCCCGACUUGAACCAAAGACAUGCAAAGGACAUGAACCGGGUACAGAACCAUGCAUGUCCCCCCUGGCCGCAGUAUCUCAAUACUACUACUCAGGCUCACCAGAGGCCAGCAGUGGAGCGGAUAGGCUCACCUUUCUGAUGUUGGCGUCAAGUUCUCGUCUGCCAUGUUACCCUCAGCCGAUAUUCAUGCCAAUACUUGAGGAUCAGCAAUGCAUGUCAGACGCUGACAUGGUCUGCACAGUGCUUGCAGGUGGUCCUGAGCAUUCAAGUUGAGCGCGAAGCCAUGAUGGUAUGGCCCAUAUCAACUCUGGGAAGGUCUGAGGCAGACUCCCAAUGUCUUUAGUGUCCUCUCAAUCUCUAAGUCUUCCCCUUUCCCUCUCUUAGACAUUGAAGCCCAACCUCACCAACAUGAUGUUCAUUAAAUCGAUUCUUUGCCUUGCAGCGGCGGUUAGAAGCCUUGCGUUGCCAGCCAACAUUCCAGCCUUCCCGGAUGCUGCCAUCGACUCUGGGUUGGCUCUGAAGACGCUCAACUCACUGGCGGUUGCGGAGGCCUUCAAGCAAUUCGGGAGGGGUUGCAGUGCAUCCAAGGUCAAGUUUCGACGGGAAUGGAGAAGCAUACCCAAACCCCAACGCAGAGAAUUCAUCGCCGCCGUCAAAUGCGUCCAGUCCAAGCCGAGCAUCCUGCCUCCGGGCGAGGUGCCGGGGGCUAAGUCCCUGUACGAUGACUUUGUCUGGGCUCACGCGAGGCGGUCUGGCCUUGUUCAUAUGAGUGCCACCUUUCUUCUGUUUCAUCGUUACUUCCUCUUCGCGUACGAAGAGGCGCUCGAGCAGUGUGGGUGGCACGGCGGACUGCCUUACUGGGAGUGGGGCCUCGACGUCGACGGGCCGCACAAGUCUCCUGUCUUUGAUGGCUCGGACACGUCACUGGGCAGUGAUGGAACGUUUGUGCCAAACAGGCAACCGCAGGUGCUUCCCCUCCCUGGGUUCACUGAGCCGGUGAUCCUUCCACCUGGCACGGGUGGCGGGUGCGUGAUCAAGGGUCCUUUCAGCGACUUGCUCGUUCGGCUUGGUCCGUUUCCCCCAGACCCGGAUCGAUUCCUCCCUGUGGAACCAGUGGAGGGAAGGGGGGACAACCCGCGUUGCCUUGUACGGGAUCUUAACGCUGACCCCCUACGGAGAUGGUCGACUUUCCGCAACGUAACCGAGCUCAUCCUUGGCUAUGACAACAUCCGGGAUUUCCAAGGGGAGCUGGAAGGUGACCCUCGAGUCACGACGCAGCCCAUGGGCUGCCAUGGCGGUGGCCACAGCGGCAUUGGCGGGUACGGCAAUGACCCGGUCAUCUCGCCAAACGACCCUGCAUUCUGGCUCACCCACGGACAGCUCGACCGUGUCUACUGGAUUUGGCAGAUGCUAGAUUUCAAGAACCGCCAGGAUGUGUUUGGAACAGGGACUUACCUGAAUGUCCCUCCCAGCUCGAAUAUGACAGCGGAAGACACGAUAGAUGUCUUGCCUCAUGCAGGUCCUGAGAAGCUCAAAAAUCUCAUGAACUCGGUGGGCGGCAAACCAUUCUGCUACAUCUAUGUGUAAGUGCGGCUGCGCGAGCGAUGAGAGGUACGCUCAGUGAUUGAAUACCACCGCAAAAUCGGCACAUGUGGCCGGAGAUUCUCUCACCUAGGGUAGCCGGUAGAUACUAGUAGUUGAUAGUUAGCGUGGCGUAGGUUUCCACCUGGCUCUUCCGUGGGUACGGUUUCCCUGUCCAAACCGCACAAAUGAAAGAGUGCUAGAAACCGGCGCCUAGGCAGUGAGAGAGCAAACCGGCAGUUACCGGGUAUGGUACCCGACGGAUGGCUGCGAUCGAGGUUUUUGCCAUUUCGUGCGCGUUGAUUGAAUUAUGGGACUUGAAACGCUGUGAGAUUACCAAGGCUGGGUGUGCUCAAAGUUGAUGAUCGUGUAACCGUGUUUAAAUCGAUGGACUACCGUACUUGUG